AAAUCAAAAAAUACUAGAUGGCGCUAGUGGCACCACCACCGGAAAUAUAGCGCAUGGUUUGAAAGUUGUAAAAUUUUGUUGUUUUUGUAUCGUCGAGCAGGAAUUACGAUGCCUAGAUUAUCAGACAUUGCAUCAGAUAAUGAAAACUAUUUGUGCCUGAAUGAUAUCCUUGCUUCGCAUGAAAAAGUACCGUGUAAAUUUGAAAUGCCGGUGUUACGCCUAGGGUUUCUCGACACGGGCACGGAUGUGGCGGACAUUCGGCCAGGAGCGAAGCUGGAACUGCCGUACUGGCUCGCAAGGGCACUGUGCAACCGCCGACGUUCUAUUGUUAGCGUGGAGCUACCCAAGCAGUAUAGAGCCGGCUACCGUGAGAUCCUGGAAGCGGACGCCAGCGUCGUCGACCUGCACAAGCUGGGACCGUUCUACUACGCGUUCGGCAUGAAGCUUCUCAACUUUGAGCUGCCGGAGUCGCGCGACAUUGCGACCUCGCUGCUGCAGACGUUUGUCACGCGUUUCCGCGGCAUCAUGGACUCGUCGCAGAACGCUCUCGACGCAGACAUGGCGGCGCUCGUCGCUCGCCUCGACGACCACGAGAGGGCGCUGUUUGCGCUCGGACAGCGCGGGCUGCGGGCGCAGCAGCGCUGGGAGACGCGGCAGACGGACCGCAUUACCGUCUCCGACAUGGUGCUGACUCAUCGCAAGCGCAAACGCACAGAGAUGGAGACAUCGUAGGUCGCAGAGGUCACGGCAAGGUCACGGAGAGGUCAGUGAUGUAUAUAGACGCGUGUAUAUAUCGUAGCAUUUUAAUAAUUAUAAAUAAUUAAUCAAUUAAUAAUAUGAUGCAGUGGAAUUAUUUUUGUCCAAUUUAUUGCCUGGUUUUGUUCUGUGUUGUUCAGUUUUUGAUUUCUGACCAACGAUAAGACGCGUGUGUAUUUAUAGCCAUGUGUGGAAUAUAUGCAGAGAUGUACGGCUAAUUGAUAACUCUGUAUAGAAGUACUGUAUGUUACUGUAAUAUAAUGUAUGUACUGUAAUGACGUAAUCCUUGUAUAAAAGCUGUGAAUAUAUUUUUGCUUGCAAUAA